AUGGCCGCACAGCUACCUAUUCCUGUUUUCACGUCCUUGAACGAGAUACACACUGAUCUGCAGACAGCAGCUCUCCAGGCGACACGGUGGGAUAAUCUCGUCCAGGAGUUCGAGAAACGCUACGGAACGAAGCCUGCGUACAUUUGUCGUGCGCCGGGCAGAGUGAAUCUCAUCGGGGAGCAUAUCGAUUAUGCGUUGUUCGGAGUAUUCCCUGCUGCCGUGGAAAGCGACAUUUUGAUUGCGUGCGGUCCCUCCACCGACGAGCGUCUCGGCGGUGUCACUGCAGAAAAUCUCAACCCGCGAUAUACCCGUCAGACCUUUGCACCUAUACUCAAGAACACGCUUUUACCUUCCGCGCAGGGGACGGAGGCAGCGAGUAAUGAGGAAAGCUGGUUUUUGGAGAUCGAUAAGAAGGAGCUGAGAUGGGAAAGCUAUGUUAAGGCAGGAUAUUAUGGUAUUCUUAAUCGCUUCUUCCCUCCAUCGGCGCCAAAUACUAGGCCAGUUCCGGUCAAUCUCCUCGUAACAGGUUCGGUCCCCUCUGGAUCUGGGCUGUCAUCGAGUGCCGCGAUGGUUGUUGCGUCCACCCUCGCCUUUCUUGCCGUGAACGACAAGCUCUCCGGACUAACUAAAGGCCAGCUUGUUGAAAUGGAUAUGGAGAAUGAGAAGCGCGUCGGCGUGAACAGUGGUGGAAUGGAUCAAGCCGCGUCGGUGAUUUCGAUUCCCCAAUCUGCGCUUUACAUCACUUUCUUCCCCUCGCUUUCUGCGGAGCCCAUCCCUCUUCCGACACCGCGCACAACCCCCCGCGCGGUCUUCGUCUGUGCGAACUCGCUUGUCGUCAGUGACAAGGUCGUAGGUGCGAAGACGCGCUACAACUUACGGGUGGUCGAGACUUUGGUCGGGGCACGUGUCCUGGCUCUCCGCCUCGGCCUGUCCUUGGGGCCCACGGAGCGGCCGACCCUACGUGAAGUCUUUGGUAGGUGGCUAGGGAUUGCAGAGACUAAGGGCGGACCAUCGACGCUUGACGUCGAGACCCUACGCGCAGGGCUCGAACGCAUUCUGCCAGAAGUUGAGAAGCUGAAGCCGAGCCGAGCCGACGGACAGGAAGGUUUGACACUGGAGGAGAUGGUGCAGUGGAGUGGCCUUUCGCCCGAGCAGUUCCAUGAGCUGUAUUUGUCGUGGGUGGACGUCGAGGCGACACAUUUCCAGCUCUACAAACGCGCCAAACACGUUUUCUCCGAGGCUCUGCGCGUACUACAGUUCCGCGACGUCUGUCUCCGUGCGGCUGCAUCCUCCGACACGACUCUGCCAGAAAGCACAUUAGUGGAGUUGGGCGUUCUCAUGAACGCGUCUCAAACAAGCUGUGCGGAUUUAUAUGAAUGUUCCUGUCCUGAGCUGGACGCGCUUACCAAGCUCGCGCGGGAAGCUGGAGCGUACGGCAGCAGACUAACUGGUGCUGGGUGGGGCGGAUGCACGGUAUCUCUUGUCGCGGAAGAUAAGGUGGACGAAUUCAUCUCGCGGAUUAAGGCAGUAUACGGGCCAUACAAGAAUCUCGAAGGUGAUGCGCUGCAUGAUGCGAUAUUUGCGACGAAGCCAAGUAGCGGCGCAUGUGUGUAUAAGCCAGCAUUGGCCACGAUAUUAUAUCCGGAAUAUUUUGAAACAGUGAAAGUUGACUGGACUGUGUGGACGCAAUCGGGACCGGUUCGUUACAGCUGCGGAAGUGAAGCAGAGCAGAAGACGCAAAGUUAG